AUGGCGCGAGUAAAGCGGAGACGCAGCACAGAGGAUGCUGCCUCUCUCCCAUUCUCUUCCCCCGGCAGCGAGAGCGGAAAUGGCAACGGAUCCAGCUCGCCAUUCGGCUCCCCAUCAAAACAAGUAGCCAAAAAAAGCAAGCAGCCACGCAUCCAAGCUCAACGGACAGCGCCGAAGAGUCUGCAUGGCAAACCCAGGACAGCCGCCUCCGGUUCGGGCAAACGUCCGCUACAAGAACCAUCAGACAGUCUGGCGUACAACAGAGAUGUUGUGAAUCAGAAAUGUCGUAUCAUCGACUUCAUCCACACCAACUACACGCAGAAAGGCGUAGAGCCUCCCUUACCGAUGGAAUUGGCGCGAGAAAUGCACGGAAAGCUUGCCGGCCUGCAGAUCAAGGACAAAGUGUCUCAAAGAAUCAAACAGAGAACCAUUGCACAAGUCCGCAAUCUUAUGCAUGGUAUGCUCUCUAGAGAUUAUGAGAGCGGAACAACUGUGUCCGACUUCUUGCGCAAUCCUAUCAGCCGAAUAGCAAAAUCACGGCCACUGUGGGAGGAGUAUCGCAUCUUCGCUGGUCAGGUGUCAGACAAUGCCGACCGUCGGGAAGUGGCCAUCGAGGGGGAUCAGGAACUCUCAGACGACUCAUCCACUACACUUGAGCAACAACAGAGUAGUGAGGGCUUGGAGACGAUGGCCUCCUCAAAGACGCCAUUACUUCUCGUCAACCGCGACAGUGCAGAUCACAAACGGUCCGACGGUGGUUCAGUUGCUGUAGGUGAGCGACACGAGCGUGAAUCAGGCGCAGAGUAUCCUUUUCAGCGGCACCAAUCGCACGCAAGGACGAUUGGACUGACCGAAGUUAUUGCCGAUUCACAGCCCAGCUCAUGGUCGUUUGAAUCUACCUCCAAUCACAACUCAUCAGUGUAUCAUCAGUCCCAAAAUGAGCCUGGCCUUGGACGAGCACGGCAGCCACAGAUUCCAGAUGUGGAGACACCGCAGCGCGAUGGCCAACGGACCGGCGAUGGUGUUGCGUCGUCUCCUUCCGAGCCAGCGGCAGAACUUCUCGUACAGCAAGGCAGGAUCAUGAUAGAAGAGCCAGCUAGGCCAUCUCUUCGGAUCAGAACUCCCGAUGACUUCUUGCCGGAUGGGACACGCUACACGCUGAAUACCGGACCACUCUCUGGCGAUCUUCUGAAAAUGUUUUCUCAAGCCAAAAGCCGAAUUCAUCAGGCAUUGGCAGCCCGCGAGGUUUUAAAGCAGCCGGCGAAGUUCCUCUUGGUACCACCUCUCGGCGUGCAACAGCYCUACCUGAUGAUCACAGGAGUUGACAAGACAAAGGUUGUGAAAAGCGCUAUUGUUGCUGUGGCUUCUGCAGAGACCUUGGCACUCUCACUCUUCAGUGCCUUCCUAGUUCGGGUAGUUUGGGAGAAGCCGGGAGUGGAGACCUUCAACGACUUCAAGGCCAAGGAAUGGGAGGCGGCAACUGAAAUCGACGAAGUGCUCCAAGAGCACCGGACCGAUCGUGACACUGUCCUAAGAAAGGCAUAUCUGCGCCGUCUCGUCAAAGGUGACUGGACCCAGCUGAUGCUCAGACCAAUCGCCGACCAGCUAUCGGAAGACUUCGCAGUUCGUUUAGAGCAGCACCUGGGUGUUACACACGGCAUCGACGGCCAGACUUACGGUCCAUCGAUGUAUGCCCUGGCAGGGCGCUUCUCCGGCAUUAUACUUGAUGCCUUAGUGUUCAAGUGCGAGAUCUCCACGGCUCGCGAGACGACUGCUUUUCUAUGGUACACCGGAGGCGAUGAGAUCGACUCAAUGUCCAUGGAAACAAACCAGGAGGAACACGAGCGUGUACUGUUGACGGAGUUCCCGGGAUUCGCAAUAGAUGAGGGUGGUCUGGACGCCGACCUUGAGGUCAUUUCGCGGGCUCAGAUCGUAUCCAGGAGAAAUUGA